AUGGCCAACCGAAGUAUCUCCACACUGGUGAACAUCCCGACGGAGCUCGUGGAGCACAUAGCUACCUAUCUCGAGAUCAAGGAGCUAUGCAAUCUCAGACUUGUCUGCCGCAAGCUAGUCGGAGAUGUCAAUGAGGCCUACGCCGCGACAGUGUUUCCUCGCUUGCCAAUCUUCGUCAACAGCGAUGACAGCCUAGAUCGCGCCAUAGCCGUUAUCAAACAUUCAGCUUUUGGAAAAGUCGUCUGCAAGGUUUCUUUGUAUAUCGAGGAUUUUGAGAAUCUGGAAUUGUCAAAAGGAGAAUCGAGGAUAGAACAGAACAUUCAAGAGGGGGCCUGGCAGGAACCCGACACCGACGAGGAGACGUCUUUCGGAGAUGAUGGCAAUGGAGAUGUGUUAUCAGAAGGUUUCAGCGAAAUUGAACGGUCAAGACUCACACGCCUCACUACGCUAUUCAGUUGUCUACGAGAAUCUCGAAAGUUUCAAGAGGUGCAAUUCACCGAUCUAGCAGACUCUGAAUCAUGUCCGAUAAUCCCGGGAGGAAUUGAUAAAGCGCAGCUCAAGACGCCUAACCCACGAGACAUCCGGUGUCUCACACGAGUGCUUAGAGCUAUGAGAAAUGCUCAUCUGUCAGUGCCGAAGCUUUCCCUCAUGCCAGAGCGCUGGGCUUUCUCGUCACGAAUAGCGGGCAGACCACCACUACUGGGCCUGUUCAAAUCGGCUUUACAAGAGGUGGAAGAGUUGCAGCUCCACUGCUGGCUGCUUAGCAACCCAAAUGGUCCAAGCUACGCUUCGAAAUUUAUGGCUGCGGUGGCUUCAGCGCCUAAACUCAAGUCCCUAACCUUUCGUAACGUCCAACCUUGGGACUCUGUAAUGAAGGGCCAAAAGACGCAACGCUUGACCGAGUCGCAACCCAUGUUCGCAAUUCUAGAACAGAAUUACCCAAACUUAGAGACGCUGCGCCUAAAAUCGGGAAUGAUUGGAUCACACAUCAACAUUCUGCGCAACUUCAUCAGGCGACAGGAAAGAUUGGAAAAACUUGUGCUGGAAGACGUGAGGUGCUGUUUUUGGAGAUUUGAUCAAGCGCGUCGUCCAGGAGAGACCGAAGAAGGGCUUACGAGGAGGUACUUUCAAAUGCCCGGGAUGUACAGAGUCAUCGAACUUGCGUCGCUUGCGGUACGAGUGGACUUCGCUUGGACCAAGGACGGUGAGAAGACAUUAUAG